AUGGCAAAUUAUUGCCCGUCUUUGCAGAAUACCAGUCGUUCACAGCUGACGCGAAUUUUGCUCGCCUGCAAUCGUCUGAUUCGAAACGCAAGCAACUGGCGUUGCCAUGAGCAGUACCUCAACGCCUUAGUCUGCCUCAACAGUUGCCUUCCUGAAGACGCCAUUUGUAGCAGCUUCGUACCGAUGAUCAAGGAGGAAAUCCUCAACGUGAGAGCCCUUCCCUGUCGGCACGCCGCCGUCAAGGCGUACGUUACCUGGCUGAUUUGUUUUAAGGAGCCGAUGAACCUCAGAAGCGGCGUGGAAUUUUUCAUUAAAAAUCUGAGUGCCGAAAAGUUUCUCCGCGAACACAUACUUUCAAAAGCGCUGACUUUGGCUGAGGACAAGGUGUUCAACGUCAGGUAUAAACUGGUAAAGCUGAUUUCACGCCUGGACAACAACUAUCACAGCGCCAUCGACCACGGGGCCAUUGCCAAGGCCAAGUUGAAUCUGGCCGAUUUGCUGUCGCGCGAAAAACGACCUUCGACAAAGCGUUCAGGUCUCGUUCGCUCGAGCAUCACUCCGAAUGAGGACAAGCAAGACCGGAAGGAGAACCACAUGAGGAAGAAGAGUAUCAUUGCCUCUGAAACGUCGGCGGUAAGGAGCAAGAAGGAAAAUGGCAAAGUUUCCGCCGAUUUGCCUGUCAGUACUCCAGCGCCCAAAGCGAAAGUGAGCCCUGUUACGUCCACGACAGCAACGGAACCAAAACCGCCCGUGGCACCGCCAAGAAGUAAAAUAAUCCCAAAAACGAUUGGGGAAAACUCCAAGUUGCCUCCUCCCUCUUCCGGUUUCAGCACCUUCCCUCGUCGUACUAUUGGGAUCAAGCCUUUGGCGGAGAUUAAGCCUUUAGUGGCGAAGAAGACUACGGUUCAGCAGAGGCAACUGAUGCAGCGUUCGCCGAGUCCGCGACCUCUGUUCAGGAUUUCAAGCGUUAUUCAUAAGGACAACAGUGGAGCCUCACAGUCGGACAACUCGAAACCAUGCUAUGGGCAGUCGAAUAAAUCAUCGAACGGCUCGCCGAACGGCAAAAGUUCUACCUCCACCUCCUUGCCUACUAAACCGCCGAGUCAAGGGAAGAGGAACGAGGGUGCGGCGGCCAACAACAGCGGUGGCAGAUCGUAUCCGUGCAUGAAGUCUUCUUCCCUUUCGUCCAUCAGCAGAACGCCGCCCGGAAAGACCACAGGUUCGGGGAUUCGCACCGGCAUCGUGUCGAGGUCUGUUCAAAAGUUUGAGCGGACUGCUGCGAUGCAGAUCGGUCCUCAGAGGACCAUGACCAUGACUUCCUCCCUGGACAGGUCCGCCACCAGAGCUGGUUCGCUCGGCAGUUCCAGAAACAUCAAGUACGUCCGGUUGGUUUUGAGCUACGUGUUCGAUGUACACCAUCGUUGUUAUAGCCUAAGUUUCGGCAGCCUCUCGACCAGACGUAAUUUCUCAACGGGCGACUGCGGCAGAAGUUCGGCCUCUGGUAGGCGUUUCUAG